GAAGGAGAGAAAAGAUGGAAAAAAACCCCAAAAAGUGGGAUAAAAGGGCAGUGUUGGUGUUCCCGAGCUCCAGGGCCGGGAAUUCCCUCCCCGCUCCCGCUGCCCAUCCCGGGCGGGUUCUCUGGGAAUGGGGGGGAGUCCCUGCCGUGCCUUUUCCCGCAGGGAAUUCCGCAGGCGGUGCUGGUGGGCCACGACUGGGGCGGGGCCGUGGUGUGGAACAUGGCCCUCUUCCACCCCGACAGGGUCAGGGCCGUGGCCUCGCUGAACACCCCGUACCGCCCGGCCGAUCCCGCCGUGGAUAUCCUGGAGAAGAUGAAAGAACAUCCCGCCCUGGAAUACCAGUUCUACUUCCAGGAGCCGGGAGUGGCGGAGGCGGAGCUGGAGAAGGACAUCGGGCGGACCCUCAAGGCCCUGAUCCGCUCCACGCACCCGGAGGAGAGGCUCCAGAGCGUCCCAGGGAUCCCUGGGUUGUCUUCCCGUCCCGGUUUGUUGGUGGGAUUCCCUGAGGAUCCCCCUCCCAGCCGGAUCCUGCCGGGCCCCGAGCUGGAAUAUUACAUCCAGAGAUUCCGGAAAUCCGGCUUCAGGGGACCCCUGAACUGGUACCGGAACAUCCGAACCAACUGGAACUGGGCCCUCUCCGCCAGGGACAGGAAGAUCCCGCUGCCGGCUCUGAUGGUGACGGCCGGGAAGGACCCGGUGCUGCUUCCCAGCCUCAGCAAGGGCAUGGAAAACUGGAUCCCGCGGCUGCGCCGGGAGCACCUGGAGGAAUGCGGGCACUGGACGCAGAUGGAAAGGCCGGCGGAGGUGAACAGGAUCCUGCUGGAGUGGCUGGAAGGGCUCCCGCCGGACGUCCCUUUUCCCGGGAUUUCCCGGCUGUGAACGGGAGCCAUUCCCGGCUUUCCCUUCCCUUGCCUUUUCCUGGGAAUUCCUGGCUGUGAACGGGAGCCUUUCCCAGCUUUCUCUUCCCUUUUCCUGGGAAUUCCCAGCUGUGAACGGGAGCCUUCCCUGGCUUUCUCUUCCCUUUUCCCGGGAAUUCCUGGCUGUGAACGGGAGCCUUUCCUGGCUUUCUCUUCCCUUUUCCUGGGAAUUCCCAGCUGUGAACAGGAGCCUUUCCCACCUUUCCCUUCCCUCCAUCCCCUUUUCCCGGGAAUUCCCACCUGUGAACGGGAGCCUUUCCCUUCCCUUCCCUUUUCCCGGGAAUUCCUGGCUGUGAACGGGAGCCUUUCCUGCCUUUCCUUUCCCUUUUCCCAGGAAUUCCCGGCUGUGAACGGGAGCCUUUCCCGCCUUUCCCUUCCCUUCCCUCCAUCCCCUUCUCCUGGGAAUUCCCGACUGUGAACAGGAGCCUUUCCCACCUUUCCCUUCCCUCCAUCCCCUUCUCCCGGGGCCCAGGGCUUGGAAUUCCCAUUGGAAUUGUCCCUUUGCCCUUGGAAUUGUCCCUUUGCCCUUGGAAUUGUCCCUUUGCCCUUGGAAUUGUCCCUUUGCCCUUGGAAUUGUGCCUUUGCCCUUGGAAUCGUGCCUUUGCCGCUGGAAUUUUUUCCUUUCGGGGGCGGAAUUUUUCAUCUCCGGGCUUUGAUUUUCCCGCCCUGGAGCCAAAAUUUUUGGGAAUCUUUGGGAAUCUUUGGGUUGGGAAUACAAGCCGAUGGAUGAGCCGGAGGCGGGAAGAGCUCCAAGCACCUCCCUGGAAAAGGGGAGGGGGGGGUUUUGUGGGAAUUUGGGGCUGGAUCCAUCCCUUGGAGCUUCCCCAGAUCCCUGAUCCCAUCCCGGGGCUUUUCCCUGGGCUUUGAAUGAGCCGAGAAUUAAUUAGUGAUCGAUACUUAAUGAUUAAUAAUCGAUGAUUAAUGAUUGGUAAUUAACAGUCGGUAAUUAGCGCUGCCUUAAACCUUCGGGAAAUAAAGCCAGAAGUAUUCCAGA